AAUACUCGGCGAAGUCGCUUAAUCGCGUUCGGUUGCGUUUUCUGAAUUGCAACCGGAGACAAAAUACGACAUAUGCUCUGGACCUGUGGACCCCAGCCAUGUCUAGAGGGACAUCCAUGGCGCCGGUAACAGCCUGCUCUGUGUACGGCCCCUCUAAAUUACGCUGCUGGUGCACCCAGCCCUCCCAAAAAAGACAUGAACUUGACAGUUCACCCUUGAGCACAUCUGUCGGCAUGCGGCCUACUCAGAAGUUGACAGCAGGAAGUGAUGGGGGAGUGCACAUCAUGGACAACAAGGCAAUGUCUCGGCAACGAGUUGCUAAGCAACAAAGCGGCAACGCAAGGAACGAUGGUGACGAAAAGAUAGCUGGAGACGAAGAGCUGAGUUCACGGAAGUCGGCUUUGAGCAUGAUAGCCUGUGUGCUGGCUGGGAUUACAUUUGGUUUUGCAGUGGAAAAAGGAAGAGUGUUUGAGCCGGCCGCUGUCCGAGGCCAGAUGAGCUUCAGCCGUUUCAUCAUGUUGAAGAUGUUCCUUUCGGCAGUGGCAACAGGCAUGGUGGGUAUGUCAAUUGUGAGCAUGCUUCCAUUUGGCAAGCCCAAGUUUGACCAAAUGAGGGUGAGGUUCUUCAGGAAGUUUGUGGGGAAGAGAGGAGUCCUGGCAGCUGGGCUGGGUGGAUUCAUACACGGUGUGGGGAUGACAAUCUGUGCAUCUUGCCCAGGGGUGCUGUACAUCCAACUGGGGACAGGAACGCCCAACGCAGUGCUAACACUCUGCGGAGCGCUGUCAGGAGCCUUUCUGUACGGCAUGGUUGAGCUGACGGUGGUCAGACUCUCAAAACCCGGUGCCGUCGCCUGCAGCAACACGCUGGAUCAGUUCCUUGGUACCCCCUACUUUGUCGCUGCACUGCCCAUUGCUGCAAUGUUGGCAACCUGCGUCUUCGCACUGGAGCUUUUCCAGCCCUGGGGGUCCGAUCUGACGCAGCCCAACAGUGCGGUAGCAUCUGCCCUGGAGCUACGGGCAUGGCCACCGUAUCUGUCAGGCAUGUUGGCAGGCAGUGUGCAGGGUGUGUUAGUCCUGACCCUGGGGGACGUCAUUGGCAGCAGCACCAGCUAUGCAGCUCUGGCCUCCCUUGUCCUGGUCACUGAGAAGAUGGAGAGACUGUCGCCCUACCUCAGGAGCUACAAGAGGAGUCCAGCAGCUUGGGCACAGGUUCUGUUCUGUUUGUCAUCAGUCCUGGGUGGGUUCUUGUCAGCAUCCUUCUCUGGGGCUUAUGGUACUGUACCUGGAGUGACAGGCCUGGCAGCUUACCUGGGUGGAGUCAUCAUGGUCUUUGGGGCCAGGACUGCAUCAGGGUGCACAAGUGGCCAUGGUCUGUCUGGAAGUGGGAUCCUGUUCCUGUUGUCCUUUGUGGUGCUGCCUGCCAUGUACCUGGGAGGGGUGCUGACUGCUGCAGUCAUGUCAGUACUACAGGGGCAGGUGUAGCACCCACAUCUGGUCUGGCUACACAGUAGGAUUCACACUGCAUUUCUUUAAGAUUGCAGGAACCUAUGCUGUCAGAUGAUAGGUCGAAAAAGGUUGUUCUGAACCAUUUUAGCCAAUAGCACAAGUGUGUACCUGGUACAAUAUUACACAAGAGCAGAUGAUGUGAUUGAAUAUGUAUUUUUGUAUACACAUAUACAUAUACAUACUGUAUAUAUUAUACACUAACCUAUAUUUUAGCUAAGAAUUAUAUACUAAACUCUUAUAGUUAUACUUAAGUGUUUAUACCAAACAUCAACCUGAGAAUUUUAUCAAAACUUAAGAUGUCUUUAUAAGUGCAGACUGAAACGAAGUGCGAGCAGUUGGAGGACUUGGAGCUGAAAUUAUUUUCUUGCCACAGACAAAUUUCCAAGUAUUUCCUAAUUGACAAUCAUCAGACACCAAAGACAAAUGAACUCAUGUAUCAGGACCUGUGUUGAUCCAAAAUAAAAUACAUGACCAGAAAAGUGUUUGGCUUUUACAUUUCUCAAUUAUGUAAUUACAAAAUCUAUCAAAAUUUUACAUUCUGUUCUUUUAUUCAGUUUGUGAGAAUUUCCAGUCAUUGAAAUCUUUUCAAGCUGGACCAUUUUGUUUGGCAAACUUAGUAUUGUUGACCCAAUCUUCAUUCCGCCUGGAACCCAAACCCCUUCCAUACCCUCUUGUUAAUGCAUUCAUACUUCCAUUGCUUGGUCAUUUUGAACCUCAAUGCGAGUCCAUUUAUCUCUUGGUUCCUUUCCAAACAAUAAAAAAGAAAAGAGCUUUCAAGACUGUUAGAAAUAUUGAGUAAUAUGACUGUCAUAGAGUUGAACAAUUUCCUAGAGCAAAGGCGUAUACUAGAUGAGAGGAAAUUGAACAUAACAAUAAUCAUGUAUCUUACAUGUAUGUCAUGUAGAUUCAUCCCAAUCAGAUAUUGUUACCCAGAGGCAUAUCAUCCAUAAGGGGUAAGACAUUUUAUUACUCCAUAUGUUCCUAUUUUUUCUCCUCACAUCAGAUAUUGGAAAGCAGAGAGUGAAGUUUUAUUGGGAGCUGUUUAGACAGAAGCAGUGUUGCUUUCAGUGGAUGUCCCUGGCAGCUGUCUUGCAGCCAAGCACAAUAGUGAAAAGGGCAGAGUUGUUUUGCUGGCGGCAAGGUGAAGUUCUGACAAUAUCUGAGGCUAUCGAGGCAAUAGAACUUCUUUGGAAGAAGUUUGACGAGGGAACAACAUAGGUUCAUCAGAUGGACAGGGUGCUGGUUUAAUGUAGAUGUGAGAAUCUGUCUCUGUCAGUGAGGAGCUGAUAUUUAUUGUGCUCUGUGUAUAUUGUGUCCUUGAAGUGGAAACUGUUAGACCGAAGUUUCUGUAUACUAGGUGUUUUUUCUCUACACUCAGGUAGGGUAGCGUUGGCAGAACAUACUAUGCCUGUGCAAAACCUGUGAUGUAUUGCACAUAGCACUUCGACAGAAUGUCUCGUUUAAAGUAGUGUUCAUGUAUUUAAGGAUGACAUCCCAUAAGUAGUUUGCAUAAAAUCUGCAACGGGCAAACUUCUGAUGCAAUAUUAAAUCCAAUGAAAACCAUAAAAAAAUCUGGGUUUCGCACAAGUGCAGUGCGUUAUGUCAACAUGUUAGGUAGGGUAGACCUGUCAGGAAUGUGUAUGCUUCAGUAUUAACUGGUGAUAGUACUUGCCUCAGAUAUAUCCAAUCUAUUCUUGUAACAAAGGUAUAUUUUUCAGUGUUGCUGAAAGAUGUUAAAAUGUUUUUACAAAUACAUGUGCCUCCAAGUAAAUUGUCUUUCCAUUGUCCUCUCUGUUAAGGAUAAGUAGAUUCUAGAUAUGGCUGACUACCUUUGAAAAGACAGAUAGCCUGGGCAUGGAAAUGGCCAUACAGUGGGCAUGAUGAUGUAUUGAUAUAUUGCACCUUCAUCCACAUCUCAACGGUAGAUGGGAGCCUACCAAGCUCAAAAGUUAGUAAGGGCCAUUUAGCAGACCGAUUCUGGCUCCAUUAUUACAUUACAAAAUUUGGGGUGAUUAAUUCUCCCUCUAUGCAAACUGGCCAAUGGAUAGUGGUUCAUCUCAUCUCUGCAGGUUAGUGCUCCCCUGUGGUGGCCACAGACUGCCUGUCUGCGUCAGUAGGCCCAUUCCCACACCUCCCUCAAGACUGGGAAGUAAACCAUGCUUGUGGCAUCCCUGCCUCACUGUGUACACAAUAGCUUUAAAAGCAUUUUUGAAGGUCAGGCACCCUUUCUAUUAAAGGGUGGUGGAUGCUAAGCCCUGGCUUGACACCCGGGAGGCACCCUGCAUGGGAAUGAAGACCUAACAUCUAUAACGCUAUCAGGGAUGACCAGCUGAGCGGAAAUGAUGGAUCCAUCCAAACCUCACUUUUCCAGCCCUGGAAAAUACAAGCAUGCCUU